AUGGUCCGCUGGCUCCCGGCCCGCAAGGAGCCUCAGCCUCCCUCCGCCCACGCCUCCUCCUCCGAAGACUACGGAGACGAGAAGCAGAGGCCGGCGAAAUGGAGCUUGGGCAUCCUGAAUGACAAGGAAACAGACGAAGUCCCAGGCUCUGUUCUCCUCCUCUCCAAAGUCAACCAGCGCAACGAACCGCUGGGUCUCCGAAACGCCCCAGCCAGGACCUCGUCCUCCUCUCUGCCUUCGCCCUACCCGCCUUCCAUUCGGAGCGCCGCCUCGGUGCGCACCGAGAAAAAACGCACCCCGGAUGGCGCCAUCAUCCUCGAUCCCCAGCCCGACGAGUCGCACAAUGAUCCUCUCAACUGGCGCCCCAUACGCCGCGACGCUGCCUUGCUGUCUCUGGGCUUCUUCUGCAUGCUGGGCGGCGGCAUGACUCCCAUCUUGGCUGCUGGCUUCAACAACGUUGCCGCCACCUACGACGUUUCGACCGCCAGUGUCGCCCUCACAACCGGUCUCUACAUGUUGGGCAUGGGCCUCGGCAGCGUCUUCGCCUCUCCAACCGCCAUUCUAUUUGGAAAACGCCCUGUCUACCUCGUCGGCGUCAUUUUGUUCAUUCUUAGCGCAGUCUGGUGUGCUUUGUCGCCCAACUAUGUCUCGCUCUUGAUAGCUCGCAUCGUCCAGGGCUUUGCCGUCUCCCCGGUCGAGUGUCUCCCGUCGGCGACGAUCGCUGAGAUCUUUUUCCUGCACGAGCGCGCCUACCGUUUGGGUGUCUACACCCUCCUUCUUUUGAGCGGAAAGAACUUGGUGCCCCUUGUCAGCGCCGCCAUCAUCCAAUCGCUUGGUUGGAGAUGGGUUUUUUGGAUCGUCGCCAUCAUUGUUGCCUUCAGUGGUAUUCUGUUGUUCCUCUUCGUGCCCGAGACCUUUUGGGAUAGAACCCCUCGCCCCCGCCGCAAGUCACGCAGGUCUCGAGCUACAUCGCCGGCUGGUCGCGCUUCCAAGUUCUUUCACCACGCGAAGUCUCCGAGGCCAUCACACCCAGAUUUGCGGGGUGUUAAUGAGAAGCUCGCCCAUGUUGAGAAUACCAAUCAUACCGUCCCGGAAACCCCUGGCUCCAUGGGCCCCAAAAAGCGACACAAUCCUAAUGUUCAUGUCGGAUUCGCCGACAGCACCCCCGAGCAUCACGACGCUGAACAAGGCGCUCCCGAGAUCCAGAUAAUUCCCGCGCCUCCCACGGAAGCUCAGGAGGAGCCCGAAAAGAAGGCCGAAGGCCAUGACGACGAUUACUUCGGUCCACAUGCUGCGCAUCCCCUUCGUUCUGCCCUGAAGUCUCCUCAACAUUCCGCUCCGCACAGCCCCCAUAUGUCGCCACCUAUUUCACCCAUGUCCGAGAGACCUUCGAUUGGCCAUUUGGGUGCUGAUCUCGAAGCCGCAUCUGGAACAUCGACACCAAUGCCGCCCGUCUGCCACUACACCGACCGGUACCGUGAGGCUCCAAAGAAGACGUACCUCCAGACUCUUGCUCCUUAUUCGGGCCGUCUGUCCCGCGACAACUGGUUCCGCGUCAUGUGCCGUCCCUUUAUCCUCUUCGCAUACCCAGCCGUGCUCUGGAGCACUGUCGUCUAUUCCCUGUCCAUCGGCUGGCUGAUCGUUUUGUCUGAAUCCGUCUCGCACAUCUACCGGAACAGCGAAUCGUAUAACUUCACCGCUUUGCAGUGCGGUCUGGUCUACAUCAGCCCAUUUGUCGGUGGUGUGCUGGGUACAGCCGUCGCUGGCAAGGUCAGCGAUGUCAUUGUGCGAUGGAUGUCAAGGCGCAAUGAUGGCGUCUACGAACCAGAGUUCCGCCUUGUCAUGGCACUUCCGAUUACAAUCUGCACAGUCAUUGGUCUGAUGGGUUUCGGAUGGAGUGCUGAGGAAAAGGAUGCUUGGAUUGUGCCGACGGUCUUUUUCGGUAUCAUCAGUUUCGGUUGCUCGCUCGGAAGCACAACGUCCAUCACCUUCUGCGUCGACUCGUAUCGCCAGUACGCAGGUGAAGCCUUGGUUACGCUCAAUUUCUCGAAAAAUGUUUUCCACGGCUUCGUAUUCUCUCUAUUCUUCACCCAUUGGCUUGAAUCCGACGGCGGCAAAAAGGUUUUCCUCGUCGUUGGCGGCAUUCAGCUCGCCUGCCUCCUUUCCACGAUUCCCAUGUACAUCUACGGAAAGAGAGCUCGUAUGUGGACGGUUCGGAAAAACAUGAUGGAGAAGUUCUGA